GUUGUUGAAUUUCUCGCAACUUCUUCAGUAUUUUUCGUGCUGUGUUCUGUGAAGUAGUGAAAAAUCAAGAUUCUUCCUUUUUUAUUUCUUAUUUGAGUGAUAAUUCAAUUAAAAAGAAAACAAGUGCACGACCGAAUAGAUAAAUAAUUGUGCUUGGACGUACGUUUAUUACAUCUAAACGGUAGAAGUGUAGUGCGUUUAGAUAAAACGACAGAAAUUUUCGCAGUGAAAAUUUUUGAGUGCACAAAAUUCACACGCACACAUAUAAAAAGCGUACACGCAGAUCCACUUACACCCGCGCGGAGGAGUGGCAGUAGCAGCGAUAUACAGCGCAGACACGACACAACACACGCGCGACCCAUGCACGACGCACCGGAGUAUAAACACAGCAGCAGCAGUAGCAGUCGUGAGCAGCACCAUCAGCUAGGAAGAGCACCAUUACCCAACGCAGCAGGCACUGCAGGAGCAAGGAUAACGCCAACUACAUCGACGCAUAUAUCAAGCGCAGUUAGCAAAACAAGCACUUCUUCAAUGGAGUCGAUUGGCCAUAGAAUACACAGACUGGAGAAACGCCUCGAGGAGGAGAAUAAUUCACACAAUCACUUGAUGUUUGUUACAGACCCUCCUAGUGGCUCUACAACGCGCGUUGGCGACAGAGAUGUCCACAUGUCGUUACCAAUCGGCAAGACAAAACGCCCCAACUUGGGUUUGGUAAUGCCCAAUACAAAUCGUAAUGGCCCACAAACAGAAAUGCACAAGAAACUUAAAAGAAUACGACAACAAUCCGGUAUACUAACUAUAAAUGGACAAAAAUAUACUAGUAGAAUGUCCGAUUUGGAGCACUUGAGUGAUUUGGGUAAUGGCACUAGUGGGAAUGUGGUGAAAAUGCGACACAAACCUACGGGCACGAUUUUAGCCGUAAAACAAAUGCGUAGCACUGGCAAUGAUGAAGAGAAUAAUCGUAUACUCAUGGAUCUCGAUGUUAUACUAAAUUCACAUGACUGCCCAUAUAUAGUGCAUUGUUUAGGUUAUUUUGUAAAUAUACCGGAUGUGUGGAUAUGCAUGGAACUGAUGUCAAUGUGUUUUGAUAAGCUGUUAAGGCGUUCCAAACAGCCAGUGCCGGAGAAUAUACUUGGGAAGGUUACUGUAGCGACGGUGCACGCUCUUUCUUAUUUAAAAAAGAACCACAAUGUCAUACAUCGAGACGUGAAACCUUCAAACAUCCUCAUCGACGAACAGGGCAAUAUUAAAUUGUGCGAUUUCGGCAUUAGCGGGCGACUGGUGGAUUCAAAAGCGAAUACACGCUCUGCCGGAUGCGCUGCUUACAUGGCGCCUGAACGCAUCGAUCCGAAAAAGCCGAAAUAUGAUAUACGUGCCGAUGUUUGGUCGUUGGGCAUAACGCUAGUGGAACUCGCAACCGGUCGUUCGCCUUACGAAGGCUGCAAUAUAGACUUUGAGGUGCUGACUAAAAUUUUGGAUCACGAACCACCCAGUUUGCCAUACGGCGAUGGUUGCGACUUCAGCCAAGAAUUUCGCGAUUUUGUCGAUAAAUGUCUGACAAAAAAUGUACAUCAGCGGCCCAGAUACCAAGAACUCUUGCAGCAACCAUUUUUUCGUUACUACGACGCGGCUGAUGUGAAUGUGAUUCAAUGGUUUAAGACUGUUGUCGAAUCUGCCGACAUAGAGAUGCAUAGAACUCACAUGCCAAUUACUACAACAACCACAGCUACACUCAGAGGAGAUGUAACAGCAGUAUCAAAUAGUAAACAUAACAAAAUUGCAACUGCAAACAUUUUGCCAACAGCAACAACAACAAUAGCAACAACGACAAUAAUUCCAAAAAUGCCAGCAGCAAGCACCACAAACGCCACACACAUACCCAGCUAUCAGAAUUCCUAUCACAGCGCCACCACAGCCACAGCCAUACACGCCAUACACGCCACACAGCCACAAACGCUUGCGUCACGCUACAAAAAAGACGAUUACCUGCCACAUUAUCAACCACAAUAUCCACACGCGCAAACGCAGUUGUCACAUCAUCAUCAACCAUCACAACUACCUCAGCCGAUUGCAAGCUAUUACAACAACACCAUCGCCAACAAUCAUUUACAGGGCGAACGGGGUGGAGGCGUUGGCGUCAGCGGCAUCACUGGCAGCGGCGUUGGUGGUGGUGGUGGUCUAAGCAGUGGCGUCGGCGUUGGCGGCGGCAAUGGUUAUGGCAGCGGCGGCUCGGGCAGCAAUAGCGCCAAUAGCAGCAGUCCACAAUCGCCGCCCAGCAGCAGCUACAAGGAUGCAACGCACAAGGAUGACACCACACAUAUUGUCAGCGAGAUGAGCAAAUUGUACCGCAAAUCGCCGUUUCUGCAGCGCAAAUAUAGCAAUGGUUCAGGUUUGAAAUACACUAGCGCGAUUGGCGGCGCCGAGAGUCCCAAAAAGGAAUCCAUGUUCAGCAGUAUAGGUCAAUCGAUUAUACGCAACCUCACCACUUCGCCGUUUAGCCAAAAAAAACAUCAUACACCGCAACCGCAUCAAGUGGAUCCACUUUGGCGCAUGCCAAAUGUGCAGGAGAUGGGUGGCAAUGCGUUUGAUGUGUAUGACAGUCCGGCUUUGCCGAAGACAGUGGCGCUUGGUUCACCAGCAAUGACGCGAAAGCGUUUUCAGGGUGGCGCCGCUUUACCAACACUGCCCAUAGUCACAGCGCUGGAACCGGCGUUGAAGGAGCAACAACCAUCGCUGAUACCAGUUAAUCGCAGUGAGUUGAAUACGCAGCAGCGCGUGCCCGGCAAUCACAGUCCAAUAGUACUGCAACGCUUCUACCAUCAGCAGAACCAGCUGCGCGAGAAAGAGUUGGAAAAGCGCAAGGAACAGCUGCAGCAAAAAAAUCAUUCCACAAAUCCCUUUCUCGCCGGCAAUUAUCUAUCAACAACUGCUGCCGUUUCCGCGUCCAAUACGCCAUUGCAUUACAGCAACAGCAGCGCUGGCAAUCAGCAUCACUACCAACUGCCACAGCAGCAGCAGCAACGCUAUCCGCAACAACAGUCACACCACCAGCACAUGCCGCUAACCAGCGCUGCCUCCUCAUCACAUUCAACUUCUAGUCAAUCAUCCACACAAUCCUCCUCUUCACAAAUAGCACUGAGCGAUUUACACGAACAUCAACAACGCUCGCCACCCACUUGCGCACCACCGCCACCGCCGCAAACGUCGGCAGCCGCAAUCAGCAACGCCUUUGGCACGAGUCCCAGUCAGCUGCAAUACCAACCGUUGCCGCAGCACUAUUUACCGUUGAACGAGAGCGCAGUACGCAGUUCGCGCUCGCCACCUACUUCGCCGGAGCAGUUGUCUUCCGAUGGCGGCGUGAGCGGCAGUGGGAGCGGUGGCGGUGGUGGCAGCGGCAUGGCGAGCAAGUUGAGCAAAUUGUAUGCGCGUCGGCAGUGGCAAACGACAACGGCGUCGACGAUAACCACGCAUACAGGCGUGGAGGGUGUGAGUGGUAGUGUUGGAGGCGGUGUUGGCUUAGCAGGCAAGGAGUACAGGGACGAGCACGGCUGGUUUAACACACUUGCCGGCGCCAUGAAGCGUCAAUUUGCCUCUUAUGUUAAAUUACAAUUGCAUUCUGCAGGCUCGCCUUCCACCAGUGGCGCAGCCAAUCAGCAUGAGAGUAUCGGCUACGAGAGUGGACUGCCACCGAGCGCACAGCCAGCCAAACCAACACUUGCCUACUAUCGUACGCUCUCCGCGGGCAGUAGUAGUAAUACGAGCAACAGCACUUCGCCGACUGAGGCGCAACCUAAAACAGCACAAACGGCGAGCAGUGACUUCUACGAUGGAACCAGCGGCUUUUUGCGUCGCUAUGCCGCGGCAGGCGCCAGCGGCAUGACCAGUGGUACUUCGAAUACGCAUCUGCUAACCGGCUUGGAUCGGCGACAUCGCAGCCCAGAUCCACCGCCGCGCUAUAAUCGCGGCCAAUCGCCACUGUUGCUGCGCAAGCAGCUGCUGGAGUUGAGCGGCCAGCCGCCAGGCGGUUCACCGCUGCUCAAUAGACGCUAUGUAAACGCUUCACCGCCUUUGCCGCCACCGCGUCGUGGCUCUGAGAGCGUGCCGGGCUCGCCGCAACAUUUUCGCACGCGCAUUCAUUAUACACCCGAACCACAGCGGCGCAUAUAUCGCACGAUCGACCAAUGAGUAGCGCUGCAAAUAAUGCUCAUGUGAUAUUGGUAUGGUUUUGAGGAGAAUGCAAGCGAUACAGACGGCGGCAGUGUUGGCGGUGGUGUUGGCAGCAACAGCGCUGGCGGGAGUAGCGUGCGCGCAAGCACGCAGGACGACACGGCUUUGUUGGCGGCGCCCACUACAACGCGUCGCUUGCCCACGCGCCUCGCUGUCGGCAACAGUGGCGACGCGCUGCAUACGCAGUUGGCGGGCGGUGCGCCACCGAUCACCACCAGUCCGACAGUGGAUCGCAUGACUGCAUCGGAUGUGGCCGAUGUGUUGGCGCGGGAACGUGAUUUUUGGCGCAUGCGGAGCGACGAGUAGCGGCGCGUGUCUUGUGUUGAUGUUUGUGAUGUUUGGAACGUUGAUUUGCUACUUAAUUUAAAAGAAAUUUUCGUUGUGCGCAUGUCAGUUGUAAUUUUGUGAUUUUGUUGUUAGGCUUAAAGUGAAAAUAGCUGUAUUUCGUACACUACGUGGUAAACAAUGUAUAAAUGUGUAUGCGUAACUAGUGUGUGUUCACAAAGAAACGUUAAUUGCUUAAGUCUGGCAAUGCCAAAAGUGAGCGGCAAGCAAAAAUAUAAAAUGGAGCAUAGGAAAUGGCAAUAAAUAAGUUAGAAUUUAUGCCAAUUAAUAUUAAAAAAUGUGCAUGCGAAAAUAUGAAAAACUUUUUUUGUUGUUUGAUUAUAAGUUUUUUUGUGCAAAAAUUGCAUGAAAAUUAUGCAAAAAUUGUUUUCAGUAAUAACAAAAACCAGUUCAAAGUCUUUAAAAAUAAGAGCCAAAAGUUUUGGGUACAUUCAGUUAAACAAAUACCUAAAAAGGCAAUACUACUAAAGCUUACGCAUGCCUUUUGCAUUUUUCUUCAACAAUUUCAAUAUAAUUUGCGCAAUUUUCAUAUAAAUUUUGCUUUAUGUAACUGAUAUAAUGAACAUUACAAAUUGUAAAAUUGAAAAUAAACCAAAUCUGCUUUGUAAAGUUUUUUAGACCUUCAUAACUAACUGGUAUAAAACUAGUAUAAAACUGGUAUAAUGUAUUUUUCGCAUUAACUUAAAUAUUUACAUACAUUUCAAAAGUUUCGACAUAAUAACGUGUUUAACUCGUUUAAAACGUGCAUAAUUAAACUGGUAUAAAGUUGUUUUCAAUACAAUUUUAGCUAAUAAUAUUAUAACUAGCUUGGAAAUGUCUUAAAACAUUUCCUAGGCAAUAUUAUUGAACUGUUAUAUAACUGGUAUAAUUUUUUAAACACCUUUUUUGCUUGCUACGCUAACUUUUGCAACUUUUCCCAACUUAUUGUCAUAUAUAUCUUAAACAAAGUCCUAAAGUAUGCAGUAGCACUGCAAAAUAACACCACAAUAACUUACAAAACUUGUGCAACACACAAAGUACGCAUGCAAACACAUAUGUACAUUAAGUAUAUAUUUAUGUAUUGGAACGGUUUCGCUUGUUGUUAAGCUAAGGCACACAUAGCAUUAAAAGCAUAUUUAUAAAGACUAAAAUGUAGUAUAAGUACAUAUUAAAUUAUAAUUACAUGAAAUAGGACGAAAUUAUUUCAAAUAUUGUGACAAAAGGCAAGGCGUGCUCACGAUGGUCCAACUAAAAUAAUAAUAAUAAUAAUAAUGCUUGACAAUUUGUAUAAUAGUUUUAAGCGCAAACAUAGCGUUCCUUACCCAUAGCAAAUUUAUGACCGUUGUAACAAGUAUGUAUAUGAAAUAGCUGCUUUAAAAGAUUUUUAUAACUAGUGUGAAACUGUUAUGCAAAAGAAGAAAGAAAUUUCAAAAAAUUUAUGUUUGUAAAUUUGCUGUGCAAAAAUUGGUCAUAAACAUACAUACAUAUGAAAAUCAACUGACUGUAGUAAAGUUAAAAAAAAAAACUAGUCUAAAAUAAUUAAUAUUUGAGCAAAGUUGGGGAAAACGCCAUUUUUUACCGUUUCGAGGAAAAAACUAUGUAGAAAUGCAUACAAAAUUAAUAGAGCGUAAACAUUUCUGCAGGAGAGUAAAAACUCUUUCAAGAGAGUGCUUCAUGUUUGUUUUAUUAUUUGACGAAAUCCUCAAAAAUCUUGUAAGUGCUGUAAAUAAGAUAUUUCUAAGUAAAAAAUAGCGCAGAAAAAAUUUAGUUCCUUAAAAAGUCACAGACAGAAUUAUGAAGACGAAAAAUUUUUUAUAAAAAGUUGAAAAAAUUAAAUUCUAGAAUUGGUAUAAAUGCAUAACUUAAUAUGUUUUCGCAAGACCAACAAUUCAAAACACUACACAAAUUUACCCGUAGCAACAACUACAACUCGGCUUUUUUCGUGCACAUAAAAUAAGUAGAAACUGUUAUUUUUUUUGACUGACUUAAACAAUUUUGUUGUAAUGUAUUUGGUAGGUCUAGUCUUUAAACUAGUUUGUAAGCUAAAUGACAACCAACAAACGUGUAAAAUAAAUGUUAAGCUAUAACUGUAUAAAUUUAAAUGAUACAUACAUAGGCGCGUGUGCAACGAAGUGCUGAAGCUAGCAAAGUUAUAAAAUAUUUUACGAUAAAUUAAAUUGUAAAAAAUUAGUAGAGAUUUUCAAUAAUGCCAAUCGACUGUAAAUUCUGAAAAUGACAAUCCAGAAGUUAGCGAGAAAUAGAAUUACACGAACAAC